UGCUAGCGUGUAGCGAUAGUGAUCGUAGUGUCUGAUAGUGCACCACACUGGUUACGUGGAAUGCGGCGUUCGGCGCCGGUGAGUGACGGGUAGUGUCGCUCUGCGGCGGCAGCGCGCGAUAGUGUCGUUCGCCGCCCCGCUGCAUGGACUGGCUGCGGCUGCGGCUGGCCAGGCUGGAGCUAGACCAACGCGUGACGCGGGAGCGCGACAGCCUGCGGCGACCGGCGGCGCUCGGUGACGUCAUGCCGGCCGACGGUGACGUCACGGGCGCGGACGGCGGGGCCGCGCCGCCCAGCAGCGACGUGGCGUUCGAGGACGGCCGAGCCCCCCACGAUUCAGGCGGCGCUCGGUCACCCAGUGACGUCACCCCCACGCCGUGUGACGUCACACCGGGCGACAGCGGCGCGUCGUCGUCGUCGGAAGACUGGCAGACGGAGGACGCUGCGACACUCGUGACGCGCUGUCGGCGCCAGCGGCAGGAGCUGCGCGGCCUCAAGCGGCGCCUGGCUCGGCUGGAGCGGGAGAACGCCGCAUUGCGCAUGCGCCGUGACCCCGACCAGCCGGAGCUGGACCCGGCCGCCAUAGUGGAGGACAUCAAACAGGCGGCGGCGGAGACGGCGGCUCAGCUGGAGCCGUCUGGACUAGCCUACCAACCAGAGACCGGGCUCUACUACGACCACGACUCCGGCUACUACUGGGACCCGGGUCGCCAGAUGUACUACGACGGCACCUCGGGCUACUACCUCAGGUAUGACCCGGACAGUGAGUCUUACGUAUACGAGCCGUCUCCGAACGGGGAGCAAGCGGACGCGGACGUGACCUCUAACCUGACCUCCGACGUGACCUCUGACCCGGCCGAGCCGCCGCGCCGUCGCCGCUCCGGGGAGGAGCUGGAGGAGGGCGAGAUUGAGGACGAUGCGGAGGCCGAGGAGGGGACAGGAGCCGCCAGCCGGGCCGUGCUGGAGUACUGGACGGCGGAGAGGAUGCGGCGGGCGCGACCGACGUCCCCGCCAGACUACUCUGCCUACGGGGUCAGUGGCUGGGUCACGGAAACGCCGGUGGAGCCGACGCCGGCCGUGAUCCAGAGCGGGCCGAGGUCGCCGCAGGCCGUCCGCGACCCGCCCUGGCUGAGGAUGAUCGUCACGGAGACGCAGGUGGACGGCCUGCGGGUGGGCUCGCUACACGUGGCCACCAUGGACGGACUGACGGUGGGCCGCGACCCCUCGCAGCAGCUGUACCUGGCCGACACGAGCCUUAGCAAGUUCCACGCCAUUAUCGGCUACCAGGUAGAGAAGAACGACUUCUACAUCCGGGACCUCGGUAGCAGAAACGGCACGUUUGUCGACGGUCGGCGCAUAUCCGUUGCCAAACAGGAAUCCGAGGACACCUCGCUCCCGCACGGCUGCAGACUCCGUCUGGGCUCCACGUGCCUCGUGUGCCACGUGCACGCGGCCAACGACACAUGCCUGGACUGCGAGCCGGGCCACACGCAGGCGCCGCCCGCCCCCCUGCGGCCCGCGCCGGGCAACGGCGACGUCCGGCAGCAGCGCCGCCAGGUGGCCGAUCGCAUCAAGCGGAAGUACGGCCUGCGCGCGGGAGAUGGCGCUGCAGUCGGCGCGUCUCGCGGCUACGCGGACAGGGCAGCGGCGCGGCGCCUGGCGAAAGGCUCCGUCCACUCGGCCGAGAAGACGGAGACUGCCGACGUUACGCGAGCGAUUCCGGCGAAGAACAAGGGCUUCCAGCUGCUGCAGCAGAUGGGCUGGCAAGCGGGCCGCGGGCUGGGAGCCGCCGGCCAGGGCGCCGUCGAGCCAAUCAGCGUCGAGGAACGCGGCGAGAGGCGGGGCCUCGGCUGCCGGGAGCCGGUGCUGCCAUCUGCCGGUCUGGCGGAGAAGCGCAAGACUGAGGUGUGGCAGAAGACGCAAGAGCGCUUCCGCAAGCUAGUGUGACGUCUGUGUGCGUG